AUGCCUUUCCCGACAUACAAAUCACAAAAAGGGGACCAGCACGGUAAUCACAGCAAAGUUCCCCUUCCAGAUAAAGAAUACUUCCAGGUUGAUGCAAAAUCCUGCUCCUCGUUGUCAUCGGUCUGCUCUGAAGAAGCCGUCCUUUCCGAGCAUCCAAUUUUCCAGCCCAUUACGACACUUUACGUGGCAGCCAAGGGUAUCGGCGUAAUUCGACUCCCAAUCCCUUCUUCGGAGCUUGAGAUCCCUGUAUAUCAUAACGAUGGGACGUUGGCAUACACGUCUACUCGAGGAACAUGCUGCUCGGGCGAUGCUGUUCUGAGUCAUCCGAAGUUGGGUGAUUUGGUUAGCACGACAUACUUCUUUGGCCCAGGUCGGGAUCCCGUUAUGAAACUCUUGCAAGGCCCUUAUGAGGGGGAAAGCGACAAGAGCAUCCUGAAGAUCCAAGGGAAAUGGACAUCUCGUUCCAUCGCAUUUUGGUCUCCUGAAGGCCGCCUAUUUGAAUGGAGCUAUGGGCGUAAGAAGGACGCCAACAUGGAGAAGGUCAAACUUAUGGUGCUACGGCUCAAGGAGCCUUCCACAUUGGAAGAUGGCAGAGAAGGGGAAGGAGGAGUCCUUGCGCAGCUGAUCCGAAGCGACGAGACUCGUGCUCAAGGAUCAUCGAAGUCAAGUGCAGGCAAUGGCGGGCAGCUAAUGUUGGACGAACAUGCGACUGAGUACCUCGAUGAAGCUUUGAUUGUGGCAACAUGUCUGGUCAUGUUGAAGAAGGAGAUAGAUAGAAGACGGUUUGCACAAUUUGCAGUUUUGGGAGGCCUUGCGGGUGCCGGGUCAUAA